GGCAGCUUCUCCCACCGGAAAUCGAUAACUCGUCCAACUCGCUUUCUCGACAUCCACAGCAAGCAAGCAAGCAAGCAAGCAAGCAUGAAGCCCAUCACGUUCCUGGCGCUGGCAGCCACUGCCCAAGCCCACUACCGCUUCUCGAAACUAGUCAUCGGCGGGGUCCAAGAAGCGGCGGAAUGGACGUCGAUCCGGAUGACGAAGAACUACCAGAGCAACGGCGGGGUGACGAGCGUCGACAGCCCGGACAUGCGGUGCUACCAGGCGCGCGCGGGGACGGGGACCGCGACCGUCGCGGCGGGGGAUGUCCUGGGCUUCGCCGCCAACGCCGCCGUCACCCACUUCGGCCCCGUCCAGUUCUACAUGGCCCGGGUCCCCGAUUCCGCCGACAUCAACACCUGGGAGCCCGCCGGAAACGUCUGGUUCAAGGUCGGCAGCAUUUCCGCCGUCCCGCCCCUGGGCUCCAGCGAGGCGACCUGGCCUGCUUAUAACAAGAAAGUCGUCAACGUAACAAUCCCCAAGAACGUCCCGAGCGGGAACUACCUCGUGCGCGUGGAAUCCAUCGCGCUGCACCAAGCGCAAUCCGUCGGCGGCGCCCAGAUGUAUCUCUCGUGCGCGCAAGUCAAGGUGACAGGCGGCGGCAACGGCGCUCCCGGCCCGCUCGUCGCCUUCCCCGGCGCUUACAAGGCUAACGACCCCGGCUUGCUCUGGUCUUACUACCCCGUCCCGACUACCUAUACUGCUCCCGGCCCGGCCGUCUGGAAAGGUUGAGGUACUAGAUUAGGUAGGUUUACGUGUUAGCACGCAUAGAUGUCGAGGAUCGGAUUGUGGUAAAGGUAAAAGAUUAGUUGAUGGUUGUGCACCAAACCAACCUAUCAUGUACCUAAUGUAUAAGAUACCUCCUUUAUAAACCAAUGAGGUACAAAUUUGCGAGUCCAUACGUUGUUAUGAGAAUAUGUGAGUGGUAAUACCCACUCAUAGGUCAGAUAGACAAUUGUGCUAUCAAAAAAUACACUUUUGGCUCAGCGGUGUAUUUGUCAAUCAAGAGUCUCAUAUGCUUGAACCCGUUUAAUGCAAACCAAAUC